GGUAACUAUUAAACGGUUAAACUUGAACAUGCAUCACAUCACAAUGAUAUAUAAAUAACUCUAGCGCAUUUAUCAUUCAUGUGCCUUGGAAAAAUUGAUUUAAAUUUACAAGCGACUCUUAGCAAAAUAAGCCGUUGAUUUGGACAAAUCAAAUAAUUAUUAUAAAUAAAAUAAUUAUUACGCAAAUUCUCAAUAUUAAUUCAUCAUAAUACACGAAUCAUGAUACAAUUUAAAAGUUCGAUUACACAUACCAUUGCCAGAUUUAGUAAUGAUUUUAAUAUUUUUGGCAGGACAAAACCAAUAAACCAAAAGAGAAACAUGAAAAUUAUUUUAAAUUAAACACAAUUAUUGCAUUCAAAUAAUGUCCUUUUUUGUUACUGCUGCUGCUGCAGUAGUAGUAGUAGUAAUUGUUGUUGUUGUUGUCGUUGCUGUUGUUGUUAUUCGAAGUGGUAGUGAUGGAGGUGCUGAUUCCUCUCAGAAUUAGUAACUGAUUUAGUUGUGAAAAGGAAGCUACUCUUUAAACUAGGCCUAUGAUCUACAAAAGACUUCCAGAAGAAGGGCAUGGGAAUCAGCGGUCGCAGGUGUAUGUUACAAAUGAAUAUGUCAAAUUAGCCAGCGCAAAUAUGCACGGUAACCAAGGGAAAUAUGUAUGAAAAUGUUCAAUAAAAAAUUAAUAUCCUAUUCAUAUGUUGUGUUAUAGCCAAUUAAGUUUUGUUUUUAAAAUAUGUACUCAUAAAGGAAACAGCCUAUAUCCAUUCCCUGCCCAGUGAACCCGUACAAUAUCCUGCGUUUAGUAAAGUAUAUUAGCAAAUAAUAUGUAUUUAGUAGCCAUCUUUCUUGUGUUGCACCUGAAGGAGUCCACAUAACAAAGAAAUGCGUGUUCACGAGCAGAGUUUAGUCAGUAAAACUCAGUACAGAUGCAAAUCUGUACACCACAUUUUUGCAUUUUCUUUAUUAUACAUGUAGAGCAGAUAGAAUUGAUUAAACAGCCUUCGUCUUUGUCCGUCUUGAAACCAAUUUCAAGUCCGUGUUCUAGGUGUCGCUGUUGACCACGACUGAAGCUCCAAAUAAUGUGUCUGUGCGCACACGUGACAUAGAAGAGCCUGCGUCUCAAGGCCAUUUUCAAAUUUCAUUGGUGAGAUUGUCAUGUGGUUGCAGAGAGACCCUCCGGGUUACGCGGGAUUGUUUUGCUAGAUAUGUCAGCUUACAAAGGACAUCUCUCUCUUCUUUAAAAUCUCUCCAAAAUGUCCUAUCCCAACAGCUCUCCCACUGCUAAUACGUUUUUGGUAGAUUCUUUAAUUGGGGCUUGCAGAACAGACAAUUUCUAUUCCAGCAGCAACAUGUAUGUGCCAUCCAGUGCAGAAUUGGGAAGUUAUGGAAUGCAAACCUGUGGACUCUUGCCGUCUCUUGGCAAACGGGGGGAAGUAAACCAAAAUAUUGGCAUGAACGUGCACCCGUACAUACCUCAGCUUGAUAACUGGGUAGAUCCGAACAGAUCUUGUCGAAUAGAGCAAGCGUCUAACCAGAUGCCCACUUGCACAUUUUCCCAGAAUAUAAAAGAAGAGAGCAACUGCUGCAUGUACUCCGACAAGAGAGCAAAGGUCAGCUCGUCCGAGAUGCCCGCGUACUCCAAUCUGAUCUCCGAGGCGUGUACGGUGGACGGUCCAGAAAUUCCGGUCCCGGGUUAUUUCAGACUAAGUCAAACAUACACGACGGCUAAAAGCCAGGACUAUAGUCACGAGACCAGCACUCCGAACACGUUGAUGCAGCUGAACCGGCUGACUCCUAAGCCGCACACCGUGUCCUUUGUCGAAGCGGGAAAAAAGGUGCCGGAGAUUGAGGAGGAGGAGACGCGCAGCCCGAGUCCGGACAACACGGCGAGUACUCAGGAGGAGAAGAGUAACACUGCCGAGGCGCCUGUCUCCAGCCCGGAAUUGCCACACAAGGAAGCGAAAGAAUGCAAAACGGAUACACCGACAAGCAACUGGUUAACUGCAAAGAGUGGUAGGAAAAAGAGAUGUCCAUAUACAAAGCACCAAACCUUGGAAUUAGAAAAAGAGUUUUUAUUCAACAUGUACCUGACUCGAGAGCGCCGUCUAGAGAUCAGUAAAAGUGUAAACCUCACCGACAGACAAGUGAAGAUUUGGUUUCAAAACCGCAGGAUGAAGCUGAAGAAGAUGAGCAGAGAAAACCGAAUCCGGGAACUUAAUUCAAAUCUCACCUUCUCGUGAACAUGCAAACCAGUGCAUGCCUUGAAACAAAUGCCCUGUCUGCCUCUCUAUAUCUAUUCAUGAUGGGUUAUGCUACAACAUGAUGCUGUCGAACAUUGGACGUUUUUUUCUUUUCUCGUUCAGAUACUGUGAUUGUUGCUAUACGUCAAAAUAGGUUUUUAUUGUAGUUACUUGAUGGU